AUGAAGACGUUCAGCAUAACUCGUAGCGUUUUCCCAACCCUGCAGCGACGAUGCAACGACGUGCGGGCUAUACGAAGAGGACAUUAUUUCUCCUCCAUGAAAGACGUAAACGGGUUGAAAAAUGCCAUUUUAAAUUAUGCAGACUCGGUGGAGGAUUUAGUUCAGAGGAGAAAAGAACAUGAGGCAAAAGUGAAAUCCAUUUUUGAGGAGCACUGGGGUGGGUAUCCGCGAGAGGACGAAAUGGUGCAACUGUGCAUGGGGUCAUGUGAAAAAGACAUAUUGAAUGGAGAAGUGCGCAACAUAAAAAGUUAUGUACAGGACAGGCAUGCAAGUGGCAACAAUAGUGAAGUGGGCAAAGGGAACGAAGAAGAGUUUUUGCAAAUGACCAAGUUGCUCAAAAUUUUAACCAUCUGUGGAAUUAGAGUGUCACCCAAAGUGUUGCUCUACUACGUCCUCGAGGCAAUAAAGCAAUUGGGAGGUCACCUGCAACAACACAUGGGUGACAUAAUUAAACAGGAUGCUGUUACGAAGAGGGAAAAUUAUUUCCGCAUUAAUAGCUACUACUACGAUCGGGAAAAGGUACAUGUGCCUUUCAUGUCUUUGUACAAGUCCCUAAGCAACGUAUUGUACAGCGUAAGUGAAAACAGGAUUGAUUUGGUAGAAGCAUACGAACAUAUGAAGGAUCAAGUUGUUCAAAAUUAUAUGAACAUAGAAGACGUUGUGAGGAAAGCACCGGCAUUUCUUAACAUUAGUGUGUUUUUCUUCCUCAUCAAUUCGUACAUAUACAUGGGCAAAAAUGUAAAAUUAAAAAACGUAUUAGCAGAUGUAUUGAACCCUUAUGUAAGUGCUAUCUCGGAGGAUGAAAUGAACAUUUCUUCAGACGACACCUUUUACCUAAUUUUGGCAUUACGCCUUUACUUUACCAGCUUGUCCUACAACACAGACGUUUUAAAUCAGCUGAAUGUGUACAACAAACACUUCGUCUCUUCCAUACUAUCUUUCCCCAACCAGUCGGAUGGGGUUUACACAGAUGAUAAUGAAAAAUACGUGUACAUAACGGAGUUCCUUAAUAGGCAAGACAAAAGCGUUGAACUGAAAAAGGUGCACAUCCCUCCCUUCAGCUAUCCCCUAACCUCUUUGAAGAACCAAACGGUUUACAUUUUGGACUCAGAUGAGCACUACUAUGCUAAUGAGGCGGUCACUCUGCGGAGCUGCGUCUUCUGGAGGUACUACCUCGCCGCAAAGCACGGAUUCACCCUCGUGCGUCUCUGCCAAAAGGAGGACUACUCCGAUUUGUUCACCGAGAGCAAGCGGGACGAAGUUUUACACGCGUCGCUCAGUAACCAUUACUUAUAUGACUGCGACGAGUUGGUUCGCCCACCAGGGAAGAAGCAGGCGCAGGGUAACGGGUAG